CUCUUAUUAUUUUGUUGUUGCAAGAAUUUAGCAAGAAAAACAGUGACACUCGCUGUAUGUCGUACUUAAUGCUGCGCACUGAGUCCCCCUCACCGCCAGAGUCCUCUGUUUUCCGACCGGAGCCGCUGUCAUGAAAUGUAACGCGGUUCCUCUGUUUGUCUCUGCAGCCCUGCCCCAAAGUUACAGGCCUGCAACUGCUUCACCGCAAAUAUCUGCUCUGCAAGUUUACUUGGAGCAGUCUCUGUUUAAGUCAACAAUUUGAAAGUCCUCGAGAACUGAGGAAAGCAGGUUUUGGUCUGUUUGAGGAAAAGGUCAAGUCGCUUUCGGGAUGCCUCUCCACGGCAUUUGGCCCUCGUGUAGAAAGUUUUGUCGGGACUGAGAAAGAGUCAGCAGUAUGGGCAACGAGGACAGCCUCGAGAAUGUGUUUGUUGCCGUCAUUCGCCCAAAGAGUCAAGUCAGCCUGAGCUCAAAGGAGUACAGAGCCAAAGCCUAUGAGAUCCUGCUGAUUGAAGUGCCUUUGGAGGGGAAGGAGAAGAAAAGAAAGAAAGUCCUCCUGGCGACAAAGAUCCAAGCAGCAGGAGACAAAUCCAAAUCUAUAUUGGAUUAUGUUGAUGAAACAAUCCGAACGAUAUCCAACAACCAAGGCUUCAUAGGAAAGCGUGUGGUGCAUAUGAAGAAAUUCCCCCUUGAUGGAAACAAUGAAGGAAAAGAGGCCUCACUUUUUGUCGUGCCAGUCAGUGUUAAAGACAACAGCAAGCCUGUGCACAGCGCCGGGAGCCCGAGCUUCUACUGCUUCCAGGACAUCAUGCGGGUGUGCAGUGAGACCAGCGCUCACUUCUGCUCCAUCACCUCCAAGAUGCUUCUGGCUUUAGACAAAUGGUUAGCAGAGCAGCACACCGUGCCUCACGCCAUCCCCGCUCUGUUCAGACCAGCGCCCGUUGAGCGAGUGAAGACCAACGUCAGCAACCCGGCCUACAGCAGCGAGGGCAAAGUGAGUGAGGAGGGUCUGCACAUGGGCUACACUGCUCUGGAGAUCAAGAGCAAGAUGAUGUCCCUGGAGAAGGCAGACAUGUGCAUCCUCAACCCGCUCUACGGCUCUGAUCUGCAGUACACCAACCGGGUGGACAAAGUUAUAAUCAACCCGUACUUUGGGCUCGGAGCACCCGACUACUCCAAGAUCCAGAUCCCCAAGAGGGAGAAGUGGCAACACGGUCCAAACUGUGUGGCAGAAGACAAGGAGCGCCAGUGGGUGGAAGACUUCCCCCUGCACCGCAGUGCCUGUGAAGGAGACACGGAGCUGCUGUCUAAGCUGCUGGACAGCGGUUUCUCUGUCAAGCAGCUGGACAGCGACCACUGGGCUCCCGUUCACUACUCCUGCUGGCACGGUAAAGUCGAGGCGACCAAGCUGUUACUGGAGAAAGGAAACUGUAAUCCAAACCUGCUGAACGGCCAGCUCAGCUCCCCUCUGCACUUUGCAGCCAGAGGAGGCCACGCAGAGAUAGUGCAACUCUUGCUGCAGCACUCCGAGAUCGACCGGCACAUAGAAGACCAGCAGAAGAGAUCCCCUCUGCAGGUGUGUGAGGAGAACAAACAGAACGAAUGGGAGGAGACGGUGAAGCUUCUGCAGCAAACCAGCAGCAAACCUUAUGAGAAGGUGCGUAUCUACCGCAUGGACGGCUCGUAUCGCUCCGUGGAGCUAAAGCACGGCAACAACACGACGGUGCAGCAGAUCAUGGAAGGCAUGCGUCUUUCACAGGACACACAGCAGUACUUCACCAUCUGGAUCUGCUCCGAGAACCUCAACCUGCAGCUGAAGCCGUACCACAAGCCCCUGCAGCACCUGCGCAUCUGGACAGAGAUUGUGACGGACCUGACGGUGCUGGAUCCUCAAAGGGAAACACCUCAGCUCUUCCUCCGCAGGGACGUCCGGAUGCCUCUCGAAGUAGAGAAAAAGGUGGAGGAUCCUCUGGCCAUCCUCAUUCUGUUCGACGAGGCGCGUCACUGCCUCCUGAAGGGCUUCUUUCCUGCUCCGGACAGCAAGCUGAUCACACUGGCCAGCCUCCUCCUGCAGAUCAUCUAUGGCAGCUAUGAGAGCAAGAAGCACAAGCAAGGGUUCCUCAAUGAGGAAAACCUGAAAUCAAUUGUGCCGAUAUCCAAAGUGAAAAGCAAAGCGUACCACUGGACCAACAGGAUUCUGCACGAGUACAAAGCGCUGAGCACCAGUGAGGGUGUGAGUAAAGAGAUGCACCACCUGCAGCGACUCUUCCUGCAGAACUGCUGGGACAUCCCGACUUACGGAGCGGCCUUCUUCACGGGCCAGGUCUACACCAAGGCCAGCGCCAGCAACCACAAAGUCAUCCGCGUCUACGUCGGGGUCAACACGAAGGGGCUGCACCUCAUGAAUAUGGAGACCAAGGUCCUUCUCAUCAGUUUGGAGUACGGCACAUUCAUGUGGCAGCUUGGACACGCUGACCAGUACUUCCAGAUACACAGUGGUGACAAUAAAAUGAACUUCAUUGUGCACACAAAACAGGCUGGCCUUAUUGUGAAGCUUUUGAUGAAGCUGAGUGGACAGAUGACACCAAAUGAUAAAAGCGUGAUGGACAAAUAUGCGUACGGCUGAAAAACGGUUGAGCACAGCUGCCAAAUAUCCCAGUGCAGGUUCUUCUUACUGACUUUCAUUUGACUGCAAUAACGCUGGAUGAAGAGAAAAGUCGGCCUCUCCACAAACGCCUCAUUUUGUAUAUUUUGCUUACUGAUAUCUUUCACAACCUCACAUUGUGUAUUUUUGACGAGUCAUAUAUUUUAACUGAAUGUAAAUAUGUUUAUUUAAUGUUUUGUUUGAAUAAACUCAUUUAUGAAUGAG